AUGGGAGCAAAGUUGUCUUUAAUGGCACCCUCGGCACAGACGGUGGCUAUAUCGUCUUAUGUUGAUGUUCUAGAGAAUUUUCGAUUUGUGGAGAUGUUAAACAAUUCACGAUUCUUAAAGACGAUAAAGGCAAUCGAUUCUAAAACAGGUAAUUACGUGGUAAUUAAAAUCCUCAUCAAACCAUCAAAUGGAUAUAAUCUAAAGUUGGAUGAUAUAGUGGCAUUAGAAGCUAGGCAAGCAUCUAUGCUAUCUCAAUAUAACAAUAUACUACCGUGGCAAAAGAUUAUUGAAACUGAUAGGGCUGGUUAUCUAGUGAGGCAACUAUUGAAGACAAAUCUAUACGAUAGACUUUCACUUCGUCCAUUCCUUGCUCCUAUUGAAAAGUCCUUUAUGGUAUUCCAAAUGUUAAAGAUAGCGAGUGAUAUACAUUCCUUAAAUAUUUAUCAUGGAGAUAUAAAACUAGAGAAUUUCUUAGUAACGUCAUGGAACUGGCUUAUGUUAACUGAUUUUGCUGAUUACAGUAAACCUACAUAUAUCUUAGAGGAUAAUCCCAAUCAAUUUUCAUUUUAUUAUGAUACAUCAGGAAGAAGAGUAUGUUACUUAGCUCCAGAAAGAUUUUAUAGCUCACAGAAAUCGAAUUUCAUUGUACAGAAUGUCGAUGAUGAUGGUCAUUUCAAUGGCGAUAAACUUACAGAGGAAAUGGACCUAUUUAGUUUGGGUUGUGUUAUAGCGGAACUUUAUUCUGAUGGAGAACCAACUUUUACAUUGUCCCAAUUAUUCAAAUUUAUGAAAAACGAAUAUGUACCAGAUUUAUCUGCCAUACAAGAUACCUAUAUACGAGAGUUGGUUACUCAGUUACUUGAUAUUGAUCCAUCCAAAAGACCUCUGGCAUCAAGUAUCUUAAGAGAUUAUAAGGACAAAUGCUUUCCACUGCACUUUUAUGAUUUCCUUUAUAAUUUCCUUGGUGAAUUAAACACCAGUGAUUCAUCCCUUAAUACUCGUAACAUGUCAUCCAGUGAUUUCAAGAUCGAUCAUAUUUAUUCAAGUUAUGCAAGAAUAUCACAGGCAUUAAACUUUAAGUAUACUCCCCUUGAUGGUCAAAAAUCACGUAAUUCAAUAAUAAAAUUAAAUCUUCCGGGAAUGCCACCAAAUUACAGUAUCAAGCCUAAUCCAUCGAGUGAGCCAAAACAACCAGCAUUAAUCAUUUUAAGUAUCGUGUUUUCCCUUACAAAGUCAUUAAAACGAGUUUCAUCCAAACUUAAAGCAGCUGAAUUAAUCCUUGCUCUUUCAGAAAGAAUAAAAGAUGAAGAAAAACUUGAUAGGUCAUUGCCAUAUUUAAUGUCAUUAUUCGAUGUUUAUAGGCCAAGCUCUGGAGCACCUAUAGACAGUUCGUCAACAUCAGCCAUAGUGAUAUGCAAGGCAUUGACUGCCAUCACUGCUUUAUUAGAGUCAUGUAAAUAUAUCACUCCUAUUAAUGUUCUCAUGUUUCAAGAAUAUUUAUUACCACGGUUAAAUGCAUUACCAUACAAAGAGGAAAUCCUUGACGAUGCUGACCUUGUGAGAAUUUGUAUUGCUCGAUGCUUACCUUACUUGGCAUUAACGGCAAAAAGGUUCCUUAUGAUGUCAAAAACGUUUAAGAGCGAGACACUCAACAAUAUCAAUAGUAAGUUGGGUUCAUUAUCUUUGAAUACAAACUAUGGUGAUGAUUACAAUACAUUCAAUAUUUCAAAGGAUCAGUUAGAUAUUCCAUUCAAAGAUUUGACGUUGAAGAUAUUAAUCGAUAGUAAUUCUUAUGUCAAGAUCAGCUUGAUCAAUAACAUUCUCCCUUUGUGUGACUAUUUCGGAGUUGACAAGACAAACGAUAUCAUUUUACCUCAUUUAAUUAGUUAUUUAAAUGAUUCAAAUUAUAGUAUUCGGUUAUCAUUCUUAUCAUCAGUUUUAGAGAUUGCUCCCUUUGUGGCGGUAUUAUCAUUCGAACAGUAUAUUUUACCAUUACUUAUUCAAACCUUACGUGAUCCAGAACCAUUUGUAGUUCUUAAAGUAUUGGAAAUAUUCAAUCAAUUUGUGGUAAAUAAAUUAAUCAAUCCGGAAAAGGAAUUUAACGUUCUGGAAAUCUAUAAGGAAUUACUUUCAAAUUCAACUAAUCUUUUAUUAUUACCAAAUGAAUGGAUCCGUCAAAGUGUAUUAACAUUAAUUGUAUCAAUAGGUGAUAAAUUAAGUGACGCUGAUAAAUAUUGUUUUCUAUAUCCAGUCAUAAAAGGGUUUUUAUCAUACGAUCCCUCGGAAAUCAGUUGGGAAGCUUUAUAUGUGUGUUUGACCAAACCUUUAUCAAAGCCAGUGUUUGAUCUUUCCGUUACAUGGUCUUUAAAUGCUACAAAGAAGGCAUUGUUCUGGAAUCAAAAGAAUUUUUCAUUAGUAUCUAAUACAACAAACUCAUCUAAAAAGCUUGUGGCAUUUUCAAAGAAUAUGGCUAAAUCAGUUUAUCUUCCCAUAACUAAUAAUAAUGAACCCAAUAGAACUUUAACUAAUGGUGGUGCCGAAAAACCAACAUUUCCGUUAUCUGCCGAAGAUAAACAAUGGGUUAUAAAAUUGAAAUCUAUCGGAUUAGAUGAUAAAGAUUUGAUUAAGAUAUUCAUUUUACGUGAUUAUAUAUCACAUAUUAGUACACCAAAAUUAAAUGAAGGUAAGGAGCCCGAUGAUAUAAAGUUCUAUCGCAUAAGAGAUCUUAUAAAUCUUAAACCUCGGAAUAUAUUUUUUCAAAUUACUUAUAAAUCAGAGCCAUUAAUCACAGCAUCAAGAAUUACUAGGUCGGAUGUGGAUGCUUCAACUAAUCCUGGUGAUUCUGUUUCACUUAGAGAAUUUGAAUCAAGAUCAUUAAAUUCCUUCAUACUUCCCAAUCUUAAUCGAAUUAAAGCUUCGGUGCAGACUGUUCAAGAGAAUGUAUUUGGAGAGAUGGAGUUAAGUUAUGAUGGUAUUGCUCAUGAUUCAAUUCAUAGCUCUUCUCAUAAAGUUGUCAAAGAUCAUAAUGGUUCGACUCAUAAGGUUUUCACAAGCAAUAGUUCAAAAAUAGUUACUGCGAAUUCGAGUCAUGAUUAUCAAGGGGAUAAUCCAUUUAUAUUGAAUUAUUUGACUGAUCUUGCCUUAGACCCAACAUUAAGUGAUUUCCCUGAAUUUGGUAGUUAUGUGAAGAGUCAUAAAUCAGCUAUGUUGGCUUCAUCUAAGAAGAAGGAAUUACCCGUUAAGGCGGCAGGCAUAUUAAUCUCACAAAUAGAUCAAGGCAGCACUGGUGGAUUCACUUGUGUAUUAGCUAGUCCUACUGGGGAAUUUAUAAUCACAGGAUCUGAGUUGGGUGGUUUAAAAAUAUGGGAUUGUGUAAAAAUGAAAGAAGCUAUGGCAUUAAUGAAAACUCCAAGUUUAAGUUUACAAUUAGGUUCUUCAAUUACCUGUAUUCAAUUCAUUCCAAAUCGAUUUGUGUUUGCUGUUUCGACUGCUGAUGGUAUAAUUCGGAUUUAUAGAAUUGACGUACUUCGAAAUAACAAGAAGAUUACAAAGUAUCUGGAUUUAAGUUUGAUUCGAAAAUUUGAAUUAGAUGCCAAUACGUAUGCUACAGAACUUCAAUUUUGUAUUUCUGAAAAGCUGAGUGUGUUAGUUGCAGUUACUACUGCAUCUAAAAUCCUUACCAUUGACAUUAUCAAGAUGAAAAAGACUCUUGAAGUUCAAAAUCCUCAAAUUCAUGGAAAUAUCACUACUUUCAUCGUAGGUGAUAAAAUGAGUUGGGUGAUUGUUGGUACAGAUAGAGGUAUUCUUUCGUUAUGGGAUAUUCGAUUUAAGAUAUUGGUUAAGAGUUAUAAAGUGAAACUUGAUCAAUCACCAACUACUGGAAUCAAGAAAUUGAUGAUUUUCCCUGGUGACUAUAAAUUACCAUUAGGUGAGUCAUUAAAGGAUUCAUUUGUGAUGAUUGGAGGAAGUGAAGCUCCUGAUAUUUCUAUUUGGAGUAUACCUGAUUUCCAAUGUAAACAAAUCUUACGGUCUUCAAUUCAAGGUCGGAAUUUUGGGGAUAGAUAUAGUCUUACUGAGGUUAGUAAUUCAAUUAAGGAUUCGAAUCUUGAUAAUGUGAUCGAUAGUAUCUCAUUAAACUUGGAUAAAAUGUACUUGGAAGAUGAAUCUGGUAAAGCUACUGAUUGUAGUAUGAGUUCAUUCAAAUAUUAUCCAAGUGAACAUAGUUUCAUUAGUACAACGUGGGAUCUGAGAAUUAUCGUAUGGAAUAUUCAAGAUAUAACCGAAUCAAGUGCUAUUGGAAAAGGUAUUGAGACUAUAUUUGUUCAUACUGCCAAGAUGGUUUGUGAAGUUUAUAGAACGGAGCAAGCAAAGCCCGAUUAUGGUAAACGAAAGGAAAGUUAUGAUUUAAAGAGUGUAGUAGCUUUACAAUCAGGUAGUGCCACUGAUCAUCAAGAUAAGAUAUCUGAUGUUGAAAUGGUCAAUACACCUACCAAGAUGAUCAUAUCGGUGGAUAGAAUUGGUAGAGUUAAUGUUUAUAAAUGAGUAAAUAGUAAAUUGCGAAAGAAAACCGUUGAGAUGAAAAAUAGCACGGAAUUAUUUUCCGCAUAUAAAAAUAAAAAAAGUAAUAAUUUAUUUCUUGUAAAC